CAUCCACACCCACCUCCCCCUCAACAGUCAUCAAAUGAAUCUGAUCUGCCUGGAGCUUGUCAUGUCUCUCUUGCUGCCUUGAUCGCCUUGUCUUAUCAGCCUCCCUUUACCAAUCGUCAACUUACGCUCGCGACCUCUUUUCAAAUUUCAUUCACCUUCCGCUCCUGCCCCCAGCCCCCAUCUGUUGCUGCUGCCCAACGUCAUAGCCACCUGGGAACUCCGUCCCCGUCCCCGGCAGAUCGUCAAUCGCGCACUCUCAAAACAUGGCGGGGUGGUUUUCAUCCACUUCAUCGCUCGAUGAGCAGGUGGAGAAGGCGACCGCGUCUUCUUUGGAAGAUAUUGCCCUUAAUCUCGAGAUCUCUGACUUGAUAAGAUCGAAGAGUGUCCAGCCAAAGGAGGCGAUGAGAUCUUUGAAGCGACGACUGGAAAAUAAGAAUCCGAAUAUUCAACUGGCGACCUUGAAGCUCACAGACACCUGUGUGAAAAAUGGCGGUACUCAUUUCCUGGCGGAGAUUGCAUCCCGAGAAUUCAUGGACAACCUAGUCUCUCUUCUCAAGACCGAGGGUGUCCCACUCAAUGAAGAAGUCAGGGCGAAGAUGUUGGAAUUGAUACAAGACUGGGCUAUGGCAGCUCAAGGACGAAUGGACCUCAGCUAUGUAGGCGAAACCUACCGAAGGCUACAGGAUGAGGGAUUCCGCUUUCCACCUAAGACACAAAUUAGUGGUAGUAUGCUGGAAAGCAGUGCGCCCCCGGAAUGGAUUGACUCCGAUGUCUGCAUGCGCUGUCGCACAGCCUUCAGUUUCAUGAACCGCAAGCACCAUUGUCGCAACUGCGGCAAUGUCUUCGAUGCGCAGUGUUCCAGCAAGACGCUUCCUCUACCACAUCUCGGCAUCCUUCAGCCUGUUCGAGUAGACGAUGGGUGUUACGCCAAACUGACUUCAAAGGCAUUUUCAUCCGCUGCACUUUCCGAUAGGUCUGCGUUCAAGAACAACUCGAUCACCAAGUCGAGCGUCAUGGAGCCUCGUGGUGGACGGGCAGAGGGAGGUUUCGAUGAUGACUUGCGUCGUGCUUUGCAAAUGAGCCUCGAGGAAGCUCAAAACAGAGGCUCGGGUGGCUACGUUCCACAGAGUACGAUCGCUUCGGGACCACCCAAACCCGUCAGUCAGCCGAGUGUAGAUGACGAGGAAGAUGCCGAUCUAAAGGCUGCUAUUGAAGCAUCCCUGCGGGAUAUGGAGCAACAUAAACAGAAGCACGCAGCCGCCCUGAAAAAUGCCCCUGUUGCUGAUACCCCAGCGCAUUCGGGCUCAGAGAUGGUGCCAGUCCCAAAGAAUCCCUACGAACUUAGCCCCGUGGAAGUAGAGAACAUCCAUCUUUUUGCUGCGCUCGUUGAUCGACUGCAACACCAGCCGCCGGGCACUAUUCUACGGGAACCUCAGAUCCAGGAGCUGUAUGAAAGUAUUGGAGCACUCCGGCCCAAAUUGGCCAGGAGUUAUGGGGAAACUAUGAGCAAGCACGAUACCCUUCUUGAUUUACAUGCCAAGCUAUCCACAGUCGUUCGCUACUAUGACCGUAUGUUAGAAGAACGUCUUUCCAGCGCUUACGCUCAGCAUAACUUGGGCUAUGGAGCGAUCCCUGGCAGUUCACCCUACCCUAAUAUAUACCCCUCAAUGCCCGCUCCUGCCAUGGAGGGUAAAGGAGGCACCGAGAACUAUUACUAUGGAAACCCCAAUAUUGCUGAAACCCCCCAGCCUUCCGGCACACCCUACUCGCAGCCUCCGUUAGAAAGGGAUCGCACUAGAACUAUGAGUCCGAGUUUAUACCCACAGCCCUCCCAGACCACGUCGCCUAACGCGCCGUGGAAUGGAGGGCCCCAUGCGGUGGCAUCACCUACCAUGGCGGGCGCCAAUGCACCUCCCAGCAACCCUUCGGCCUAUGCGCCACCCACGCAAUAUUAUGCACCUCCACCUCACCCCGAACAGGACCCGAACCCCUACCAGCAAGCGCGGCAUGGGGAAGCGGACGCGCCUUAUCAACCGUCGCCCGUGCUGCGACACGACUCUCACUAUCAACCAUCGGCCCCGAGCGCCCCGAGCGCCGCGGAUCAACCACUCCCGGCUGACCCAGUGUCGGCCCCCGCUUAUUCGCACUUCUCCCCGGAUCCUAAUUCGAUGCAACCUGGCGGUCAACCGGCACUGCAGCAACCACCUUCGGACCCGUCGGGAUCAUCGUUCUAUAGUCAACAGCAGCCUCCCCUCGGCACUGCGCCCUACUCAGGAUAUCCGACAGGCGUACCCACACAUCCCACCCCAACGGGAGGAGAUUACCAAGCCUCCGGUGGUGUGCCUGGUGCGCAUCCAUCCUACCAACAAGCCACACCUUCACGGCCGCCCGUCGAGGAGAGUUUGAUUGAGUUGUAAAAGGGGAUUGGGGGAGGGGGUGGAGGGAGUGUGGUCAGUGCGGCGAGGAGCGGUCAAGUUGUGGUUUCGCGGAGGGGGAAAUAAAUUCCUUUGAUGUAGGCUUUUGGCACCAUGAUACCAGAUGGAUUGGUUACUAUCGCAGGCCCUGUAUGCUUGGUCUUGAGUAAUUGUUUUUUACUUUAUUUUUUUUAUUUUUUUACUUCUGAUAUGGAACGGAGGAGUAAGAUUGGGCGAAGGAGAACUCCGUUAUGUGUAAAGAAAUAGCAGCAAGAAGGUGUGGCGAUGCUUUCGUUUCCUUCACAAGGCGAGGCCAACCCAAUCCGGUCUGGUUUACUGGUCUGGACUCUCUC